GAGAAAUUCAUUUUAUAUUAUUAAAAAAUAUUUAUAUAUAUGUUUUUCGAUUCAUAAUUCAAAGGGGUUUACAGAGAGCAAUCGCAGAAGAUCAAUAAUGGAGGAAAAUUAGGGUUCCAACUUGAAGAGAGAGAUUGAAACGAAUUCACACACAAAUGGGAAGUAAUAACCUACAAAGUAGCAAUGAAGAUAUUGGCUCUCCUCAAUGCUCCUCCAACUUUCACCUCUCAUCAUCAGAUUAUUUUUCACCAUCAAACUCCCAUUCACAAACUAAGAAUCAGCUCCACAGAGCAAGUGACCUUCUCAUGGCAUUCUCAGUGUGCACCAACGCCAACCGCUCGAGAAUCACCGAGCUGGCCGACGCAGCCAUGGACAAGCUCACCAAAGCAGCCCUUGAUGGAGAUCCUCUAUGGAAACCCCAAGAAGAUCAUGAAAAAACUUACUUAACAUUGAUGGAUAUAAUGAAAAUGGUUGAGGUUGGGGAGCCACAUUCUAGUCUUCUAGACCUAGAAAUUGGCAAUAUCAACAUCAACACCAACACCAAGCCAGACAGUUUCAAGCAACAAGAACAACAACAUAAUCAUCUCCAAACUGAGAUUUCAAGACAUGUUGGAUAUGUCAGAAUGGAACCAGCCAGAAUUGUUGGGUUUUUUAUGGAUCUGGAACAAUGGUCAGCUGCCUUCUCCAACAUUGUUUCAAGAGCAGCAAUUCUUCAAGUUUGGUCAUCAAUGGGGUCUGCAGAGAAUUACCACGGAACUAUGCAAGUGAUGACAGCGGAGUUUCAAAUCCCGACACCACUUGUUCCGACAAGAGAGAGUUACUUUGUGAGAUACUGCAAACAAUUGGCUCCACAAACAUGGGGAGUUGUUGAUGUCUCCUUGGAACAUCUCUUCCCUUAUCCAUCUGUUGGCUUUCGUCGAAAACCCUCUGGCUGUUUAAUCCAAUCCAUUCCAAAUGGAUUCUCCAAGGUGAUGUGGUCGGAGCAUGUGGAAGUUGACAACAGAUUUGUUCACAAAAUCUUCGAACCAUUAAUGAAUUCUGGUUUGGCAUUUGGUGCAAAACGAUGGGUUUCUUCUCUGAUUAGACACUGCAUUUGGCAAGCUACAUUAUUAAUGCUUACCACUACUCCUACGCCCAAAGGAGUCUUGAUAUCACAAGCUGGAAGGUAUAGUGUAUUGAAGUUGGCUGAGAGAAUGACAAGGAGUUUCUAUAGUAAUGUGAGCACUUCUAAAGACAGUCUGUGGAUGAAAAUUCCCAUUUCUGGAGCUGAAGACAUUAGAGUCAUGACCCGAAACGGCAAAGAUGAUCCCGGAAAACCUCCCUGUACCUCGGUCAUUUUCUCCACUUCUGUGCACAUUCCGACCACCCCGAGACAAGUUUUCCAUUUUCUUCGCCAUGAGAAGUCACGAAACAAGUGGGACAUCCUUUCAUAUGGCCUUUGUAUCACAGAGCUUGAUUACAUCAUCAAUGGCGACGACCCAAGAAACCGAGUGUCAGUAAUUCAAGUGAACUCUGCACCAAGACGAGUCGAGAUCUUUUACCUGCAAGAGAGUUUCUUCGACACAACAGGAUCCUAUAUAGUCUAUGCACCCAUCGACGUCUUUGCAAUGUCGGCGGUCUUUCAUGGAGGAAACCCAGAUAAUGUAGCUAUCCUGCCUUCUGGCUUUGCAGUCCUUCCAGAUAAACCAAACAUGAAUGGAGAGGAAUAUGAAACUGAUGGAAGCAUUCUGACUGUUGCCCUCAACAUUAUUGACCAUUCAAUAACUGAGAGAAUUCCUUAUGAAUCAAUGGAUUCCAUGCAUAAGAUUAUGGAUGAAACUGUUGCCUCAAUUAAAGAGGCUUUCACAAUACAACAAUUUUGACUGAGGAAAUU